UUGGCGGACUACAAUGACUGUAGUCUACAGUCAUUGUACUCGAUCGUAGAUGUACGAGUACCUAGACAGCAAGAGGCAAGACUACUACAUGACUUUGUAGUACUACUACUAGUUCAUUCAGUAACACUCACUGGAGCAGUGCAUAGCCUGGUGUUGGCCAUUAGGUAUUUCUGGUAUUUGCAGAUUACUUGUAUGGAGUCGACCCUGGUAGUUACAUAGAGGAGAGUCGUGUUUUGCUAAUCGGUUGACGUUCGUUAGCUAGCGGUGUUUUGAUCUUACUCGUACAAACUACCCCAGCGUAGCGUGCACUGUGACGGUAAGAGCAUGAAAAAAACUGGUACAUGUAGACAUGUAGUGGAGGAGCAGACAAUUGCACAAAAUUUAAAAUAAUGCUGUGAUCUAAAAUAGAAAGUUCUAGGUACGUACAGAGAGGCAGCUCCCAUUUGUAUGAUGCUUGUCAGUGUUUGUGAAGGUAUUGAAACUUGACGUAUGAAAAGAAUUUAUGAGGAAAACGCUGAAAUUACUUUACUCGUAGAAAAAGAUUUUAACAAAACAAUCAAGCCGUGAAUAGUAUGUAGCAUGAUAUUUGAACUUGUAGCAUAUAGCACUCACUGCAGCAGUCAUGGAGACACCAGUAGUCUUCCUGUGGAAAUGACAUUGAUUUUGGAGUUUGCUGUUCAAACACGCCACCACGCAAGCAAGCAAGCUGUUCAGUGUACUGGAUAGUCAUAUGGAAGAACCAUACAAGGUCACUGAGAUAGCUCGCCACAGCUAGUCACUAUGGACGCUAAAGCCCUCGCUGACCAUCUAACCAACUUCUACUCUGGAAAGACAGCAGCACGUCGACUCGCCGAUGAUGAAGUUGCGGCAAACGUCAUGUGCAGGGUGUCCAUGGUACAAAGUGGUACUGUGCCGACAAGGCUGAGUGAGGCAUCAGGACGGCGCACGGCGUUCGUUGCCGGCCGAGACACUGCCUGCCGCGUUCUGCCAUGCAAGUCACCGUAUGAUGUCCUGCUCGCCCUCGGUCUAACACGCGAGUUCAUCACCCUCAAGUGCGAGGUGGACAAGAAUGAUGCAUGGCUGCUGUUCUUCCAGGCCAAGAUUGUCAAAUGUGAUAACAGUCAUCAUGCUGCUCUUGCCCAGGCUCAUCAACAAGACGUGCCCCAUGACAAACCCGCAGACGCUCACUUGCCCAAGUGCGUGCCAGCAACGUGGAGCGGUAUCGUGGAGCUCUGCCGCCAGUUCUACCCCGGUGCCGUGCCUGACGUGAUGCGGCAUCUGAGCGAGUUCCGUGCGCGCUCAGUUGCCGAUUACGAGAAGGCGCACGGCGUGAAUUUUCUCUCAAUAAAACGAUUGCCCAGCCAGUUAAUGGACUAUAGCAGAUUCAUGGCACUUGCAGCUCCUCGCUCGGCCUGGCAAACGCGUCUUUUUCUCUACUGUGAAUUACGCCUCUUGGAGCUCUUCACUGGUCAAGGGUUUACGAAGAAUGAGUCGGAUGCUGUCACAGUGGGAAAUGAAGACCAUUGGCCGUGUCUCCGAGAAUACGUGUGUGAAAAUGGCGAGCUGGCCACACAGCUGAGCUCCGGUACUGCAUCUCUGGUCAAACUGCAAGUAGUACUGCCGAAUGAACUGCAGUAGUAUUUAUUACAAUGGUGAUGUUUGUUUGAAAAGGGUUUGCUCCCCACACUGGAGCUCAUGCUACUAGUAUUUGUUUGUUUGGUUAGCUUCAUUUUCUUUCCCCAUAGGCACAGGAGAAAUGCCUUCUCACUGGGCGUAUUGCCACAGUUCUCGCAAAAUGAUGGAGAUGUUUUUUUUAUGUUCACCUUGAAGUUGAUUUUGAAGCAGUGAACUCAUGAUCGUCGUAUCAUUAUUGAAGGAGCCAGGUCAGUUGGUAUGAUGAGAUGGCAUCUUUGGGCUAAGUUAAUUUAUAGUAAAGAAAGGGACCAAGGAAGUACGUUGUAUUUCUCGCCGGCCGAGCGCAGCGAGAUAGGCGAGAACUGAUUUCUCGCGAAAUAUUUUUUGUUGCAAAUAUGGCAUCUGGUGUGUUCUUUAUUGUCGCUUCUUUUCCUGACUUCUUCUGUCAGUUUUGAGUCUUACCAGUGUCCCUGCCCUCCCACACUUCAUUUAUGUGCUUAUUAUCAUUGCUAUUUUAUCACUUUUUGCCGUGAUGUGCUUACCAUGCCUACAUGAUGCCUAAUCGCCAUUGGGGAUAUACACCCGGUUUUUAUCCCUCACAACUGUGUACGUCGGCGCGAGGGUUUUUUCCCUGCUGGCUCGGUUCAGAAAAAUUAAUCUGACGGUCCCAAGUGGUUCUGAAUCAUGGCCUAUUUUUGCUAUCCACUGGCACGGCUAUUCUAUCUGAGACACUCUGUUCUCAGUCCUUGCUUCCAUACCUCACUCAUUAUCCGGUUCAUAUCUGGCUUCGGCCAACUACCCUUCACUUUGUGUAGUGUCGUUAUUGCUGUCUAUGUCUCUGUGUGUGCCAGUAUAUGUGGAGCGAGAAAAGUUAUGCUAUAAUGUUCACUAACACCCCAGUUACUUGACAAUCAGCUCAUGCGAUAACAUUGCACAAAGCUGACCUUAGCUGUGCUUUUCUUUACUAUAAAUUAUUAAUCAUUGGCUCUC